AUGCUUGGAGUUAGAAUGUUUAUUAAGACUAAGCUUUACUUGGUUCUUGAUUUAGAUCACACUGAUCACACUCUACUGAAUUCAAAUCGAUUUGCAGAUAUUACGAGGGAAGAAAAAUACUUAGAGGGCCAACGUGACUCUUUGCCAGAUUCGGAUAUGGAUAAAAUAAAGAGCAGCUUGUUUAGACUGGACUCGAUGCACAUAAUGACGAAGUUGAGGCCUUUUGCAAACACCUUUCUGAAUGAAGCUAGUAAUUUGUUUGAGAUGUACAUAUACACAAUGGGAGAACGUGCCGAUGCAUUGGAUUUGGUAAAGCUGCUUGACCCUGGUGAUAUUUACUUCCACUCCAGAGUUAUAGCACAAGGGGAUGGUACACAGAAAUAUCAAAAGGGUCUUGACGUUGUUUUGGGUCAAGAAAGUGCUGUCUUGAUCCUUGAUGAUGCAGAAGCAGUAAUCACCUAA